UCUGCACGCCUCCUGACAAUAGCCAUCCAGUUACUGUGAAGUCAGCCUUGCACACAAGCAACACCACAGACAUGAGCCACACAGCUGGGGAUCUGCUGAUCGUCUACGACACUGAGGCAAAGCAAUGGGCUACCUACCUACAGUCAGUUUUCACUGGUCCCAUCUCAGAGGCCGGGAUCUGCUGCUAUGACAUUGCUGCAGCGACCAGUCCGAAGGGUGAUUUCCCGAGGCUCGUCCAGUAUACCUGCAAGCUCCUAAUCCUUUCCAAGGGCUUGCUGGAGGGUCUUUGCCCGACGAAACGCUUCUUCCUGGGACGCGUGUUGAGUCCUGCGGCUCAUGUGGUGGUUCUGCUUUGUGGGGUGGAGAGCCUAAACCCCCUACUAGAGCUAGUGCCUCUGAACAGUGAUGAGUGCACGCAGAUCUCUAGUGAACAAGAUGCCUCUGAGUACCUUUCCACUGUGAUGGACACUGUGAGAAAAGCCUCAGCAGCAAAUAUGAACCCCAUGACACACAAACCAUCAGCAUCAGAGCUGAAGGGGGUGCAGAUGCAUUUGUCUGGAGCUGACAGCGCCAGAUCCAGCAUUAUGGUCGUUCCUUCCAGAGUUCCCUGUGGGAGCUCUAUGGAAGUGUUCAUUCUCCUGAAAAAUGAGAUGGCUGGCUCCGACACUGAAGUUGAGUUUACGGGUAAGAGUCGGACGCUAAGAGUGAAGCCUCUCCACUGGAAUGACCGAAUCCUAUGUGUCAGCGCACCAGAUUUUCCGGCAGGAAAUGUAGGAGUGACUGUCUACAGCGGUGGAGUGCCGCUGAAUGAUGCACAGCUGCAGUACUACAACAACAUCGAGGAAAUCGCCUGUCUGCUGUCGAGGGUAACAGACCCUGUAGAUUUCAUGUGUCAGGCUUUUCAGGUGUCCUCUGUGGACACGCUGGAUCAGAAACUGGCCUCCAUGCUGUUGGAGAACAUGCCCACGGGAGGCUUUCAAGGACUGCAGUGUGAAAACGCACCUGAAAGAGAGCUCCACCGUGCAGAGGUGCCCUCGCUUCUCCACUUUGCCGCUCGGUAUGGCUUCAGAAAUGUCUCCAGCCUGCUCCUGCAGUGUCCAGGUGCUGUAAGAACACUCCGCACGGCCAAUCGUCACGGACAGACUCCCGUUCAGAUUGCCAAGAGUCACGGCCACACAGAGGUUCACGUCAUACUGAAACAGAUGCUGAAUAUGUCCGGCUCAGGCGGGGACAAUGACGAUGCCAGCGUGUACGAAAUGAUGUGCAGUGCAGACACAGAGAAACUGCAACAGGUGGAGGAAAAAGAGGGGGAGGAUGAAGAUCUCUACGCACCACUGGGGGUGAAUGGUGAAUACGACACCAUCCUGAAUUCAGCUAAAGCAAAAGCAGUGGUCAUUGCCAACCGCCCACCAGCACCCACACCCCGGCCUGAAGGCACCCAGUUGAUGGACAGCAAAACCCCUUACAUCACUCAAGUGUUCCAGAGGAAGAAAACACCAGGCGAUGGAGAUCUGUACUCACUUCCCUCUAAACAAGCACGCGGGCGAGAAGGCAGUGUCUCUACCACCUACGACACCUUUGUGCCAAACCAGAUAGACGGGCUUCAGCAGCUCAUUGAGUUCCAGCAGCAGGUGAAGGCAGGCUCACUUACUGUGGACGAGGCUCUCGAGCUCUUCAGCGACUGGCAGCACGUUCAGAAAGACUUGGAUGCCAAACAGCAGCAGAAGCUGAGCCAUCUGAGAGCCACUAUCAUAAACAACAGAGAGGCAGAUGACAGCGUCUAUGAUAAAAUCAACAUCGUUCAUCACACGGCAAGUGUUGCGGUGAAUGGAAGUCAAAGAGGAAACCAACCAGCAGAGUCUGAUUUUUACAGCAAGCCGCUUAAAGCACAGCAGAGAAAUGAGAAGUGA